GCUAUCGGCUGUACUCUGAACUGUAGUUGCCAGAGUUUCAAACCUGGGAAAAUAAACCACCGCCAGUGUGAGCAGUGCAGGCAUGGAUGGGUGGCCCAUGCCCUGAGUAAGCUGAGGAUCCCUCCCGUGUAUCCAACAAGCCAGGUGGAGAUUGUUCAGUCCAAUGUAGUGUUUGAUAUUAGCAGCCUCAUGCUGUAUGGGACCCAGGCCAUUCCGGUUCGCCUGAAAAUCCUGCUGGACCGUCUCUUCAGCGUGUUGAAGCAGGAUGAGGUUCUCCAGAUCCUGCACGCCUUGGACUGGACCCUGCAGGAUUACAUCCGCGGAUACGUGCUGCAGGACGCAUCCGGAAAGGUGUUGGACCACUGGAGCAUCAUGACCAGUGAGGAGGAGGUGGCCACCCUGCAGCAGUUCCUUCGUUUUGGAGAGACCAAGUCCAUAGUGGAGCUCAUGGCGAUUCAGGAGAAAGAGGAGCAGUCGGUUGUCAUGCCGCCCGCCACCGCCGAUCUCAGGGCUUUCAUCGAGAGCUGCAGCCACAGGAGCUCCAGCCUCCCCGCUGCUGUGGACCGGGGAAACCCCAGCAGUAUGCACCCGUUUGAGAGCCUCAUAAACAACAUGACCUUCAUGCUGCCUUUCCAGUUCUUCAACCCUCUGCCUCCUGCCCUGAUAGGGUCGCUGCCUGAACAGUAUAUGCUGGAGCAGGCUCCGGACCAAAGCCAGGACCCCAAACAGGAAAUCCACGGGCCAUUUGCCAACAGCAGCUUCUUGACUUCCAGCUCCACGCCCUUUCAGAUCGAAAAGGAACAGUGCUUAAACUGUCCGGACGAUGUUGCCAAAAAGGAAGACUGUGCCCAUUUAAGUGACUCCAGCUCCUACAGCCUCGUCGCUAAGCUUGAGAGGACACAGCUGUCCCCUGAAGCCAAAGUGAAGCCCGAGAGGAACAGCCUGGGCACAAAGAAGGGCCGGGUGUUCUGCACGGCGUGCGAGAAGACCUUCUACGACAAAGGCACCCUCAAGAUCCACUACAACGCCGUUCACCUGAAGAUCAAGCACAAGUGCACCAUCGAAGGCUGCAACAUGGUGUUCAGCUCCCUGAGGAGCCGGAACCGCCACAGCGCCAACCCCAACCCUCGACUGCACAUGCCGAUGAACAGAAAUAACCGGGACAAGGAUCUCAGGAACAGCCUGAGCCUGGCCAGCUCUGAGAACUACAAGCACCCAGCUUUCACCGUGGUAUCUCCAGACUGCAGGCCGCUCCCCGGCUACAUGGGUUCAGGGGAGGAUUCCAAAGGCCAGCCAGCCUUCCCAAGCAUCGGGCAAAACGGCGUGCUCUUUCCCAACCUUAAGACUGUCCAGCCGGUCCUGCCUUUCUACCGCAGCCCGGCCACCCCCGCUGAGCUGGCCAACACGCCUGGGAUGCUGCCUUCUCUCCCUCUGCUGUCAUCUUCAAUCCCACAGCAGCUGGUUUCCAGCGAAAUGUCAUUUGAUGCUCUUCCCAAGAAAAAAUCCCGGAAGUCCAGCAUGCCUAUCAAAAUAGAGAAGGAAGCUGUGGAAAUAGCCAACGAGAAGAGGAGCACCCUUAGCUCAGACGAAGACGUGCCCCUGCAGGUGGUCAGCGAAGAUGAGCCAGAGGCCUGCAGUCCUCAGUCGGACAGGGCCCCUGAGGAGCAGCCAAUGCAGGCAGGAAGUUUAGGGAAACCGUUCCCCGAAGGCGAGAGGCCCUGCCAUCUCGAAUCCAUGAUGGAGUGCAGUGGAGCCAUCAGCCGAAGCCCCGAGCAGGCCACACACACCUCGGAGAGGGAGGGUGAGGAGAAGCUAGCGCUGACCAUGUUGCCGAGGGAGGUCAAGGACGGCGGCCGUGAGCACCACUUCGCAGCUGGGCUGGAGCCCCGGGUUCCUUUUCCUGACUAUGUGGGACUGCAGCAGCACUUGCUAGCCGGAGGCCUCUUCAGCGCUCUGUCCAGCAGGGGCCUGCCUUUCCCUUGUCUUGAAGAUUCCAAAGAACUGGACCACUUGGGUCAUCAGCACGCGUUAGCAAGGCAGAAGGAAGACAAUCGCUUCCAGUGUGACAUCUGCAAGAAGACCUUCAAAAACGCGUGCAGCGUGAAAAUGCACCACAAGAACAUGCACUCCAAAGAGGCGCACGCGUGCACGGUGGAGGGCUGUAAGGCCACCUUCCCUUCCCGCAGGAGCAGAGACCGACACAGUUCAAACCUAAGCCUCCACCAGAAAGUCCUGGACCAGGAAGCAGUGGAGAGCCCUGAAGACCACUUUCGAGCAGCUUACCUUCUGAAAGACGUGGCCAAGGAGGCCUAUCAGGAUGUGGCUUUCGCACAGCAAGCCUCCCAGACGUCCGUCAUCUUCAAGGGAACAAGUCGAAUGGGCAGUCUGGUUUAUCCAAUAACCCAAGUCCACAGUGCCAACCUGGAGAGCUACAGCGCCGGCCCCCUGAGUGAGGGCACCAUCCUGGACCUGAGCACUACCUCGAGCAUGAAGUCAGAGAGCAGCAGCCACUCCUCUUGGGACUCUGAAGGGGCGAGUGAGGAAGGCACCGUGCUUAUGGAAGACAGCGACGGGAACUGUGAAGGGUCCAGCCUUGUCCCCGGCGAAGAUGAGUACCCCAUCUGUGUCCUGAUGGACAGUGCCGACCAGAGCCUCGCCAGCCUGCCUUCCGGCCUGCCCAUCACCUGUCACCUCUGCCAAAAGACGUACAGUAACAAAGGGACCUUCAGGGCCCACUACAAAACCGUGCACCUCCGCCAGCUGCACAAAUGCAAAGUGCCGGGUUGCAAUACCAUGUUCUCAUCCGUUCGCAGUCGGAACAGGCACAGCCAGAACCCCAACCUGCACAAAAGCCUGGCCUCGUCUCCAAGUCCCCUCCAGUAAGGAGAAGGCAGACCAAGCUGGCUCAGAUAGGCAUCGGCCAUAAUUCAGGAAAAGUGUAGUCCAAAGAAACAUUUCUGACUGUUUAAUACCGUUCGGGACAAGCCAGGCAAAAAGGACUUGACUUUCCAGUUUUCUACAGCAGGACGAGCAAAGGACAAGCCCUGUGGGAAGCUGACGUUGGGGCAGCCCUCCCCGUUAGAUUGUUUCUCAGCCAGAGAGGUUUGUCACUGACAUGAGGAAAACUCGCAGAAACGCGGUUUUUCCUGGAUUUGUUUACACGUUCCCCGAGAGCACUCCAGGUCUGCAGAUCAACAGUGGGGGCCCAGGCCCCGGGAGCAGCUUCUAGUGUGGCUGGCAGUGUUAAAGGUCAAGGAAGCGUUCCAGAGGAGGCGACUGCAGACAAGCAAGACGCCAGGCCCAACGAGCCCAUUUUCAGUUUCUUCUUCCGAUGAGUAUGCAAUCCAGACUGGAAUUCGGGAAGAUGACACUCGGAGACCAUCCCUCCAUUGUUACCGUGGCCUCGUCCCCCUGCUCCGCCCCCCCCCCCCAUAGGCCUCAUGUGUUGUUCCAGGGCGUUCUGGGAGGAAGAGAUGGGCCUCCAACACGUUCCUUAUUAAUGAUGGAUCUGUAACAUGCAUUCAAGCUAGGGGAAAGUACUUCAUGCACUUAAAAAUAGUGGUAUUCAAUUUAAUUUAAAGUGACUUUGAAAAUAUUUAAUUUGUGUUUGUUAUGUGAGUAUCUGUGUGAGUGCAGACAUGUCAGUGUCACCUCCGGAUCUCUGUUUAGAAACAGAAUAGGUGACCACUUAAACUUCAGAAACACUGCCCGUUUGCUCUAGGUGCACCUCAGUCAGCCCACCUGGAUCCUCAGUGGAGGAGUGGGGGCACGAUCCUGCCAGGGCCGCGUGUCCGCCGGAGCGUGUGAUUGGACAGUGUGGUUCUGGUGGUGGCUCUGUGGCGUCGGCAUCACUGGACCCCUUUCCUCGCUUCUUUUAUAAACGUGUAAGAUUAGGAUGAACUUCGGAAUUUACUCGGUAGGAAAACAAGUAGGACAUUAUCGCCAUACUGUAUGUCUCAAUAUUUAACUUAUUCUGAAAUAUAUUCCACACCACUGUACACAUUUUCCAUUGUAGAAAGGAAGCCUAAUCAGCCCCGUGGAAUCAGAUUGUCUCCUGGACUUCAGCAUUCACAGUCUUCUAAAAGCCUGUGUAGGUAAAAAGAAGUUGAUUUUCUGUUCAUCUUUUAAACUCCAUGGUUGAUUUAAGUAAUAAAAUAAAUUCCUAAAAUUGAGGAUUAUAAAAGAUAUAACUCCUCUGGCCUGAAGGUAUUUCAGCGGUUUUUGUUUUUUGUUUUUUGUUUUUUUUAAAUAAAUGUGACAACUUAAAACUUGUCUCUGCUUAAAAUGAGAUGUAUCUUCAACUGUUUUGUUACCCAGCUGUUUAAUAAUACAGUUUCUCCAGAGUGGAAAAAUUUGUAUACAAAUGUUUUCUAUGAUUUAAUAAAAAUAUAUGGCACAUCUUUUGUUUAAAAAGGCAAA